GCGUGGACUUGACACGCGGAAGCCGCACCUCACUCUGCUCCUCGCUAGCUGCUUCCCUUCCCAGUAACGGUCAGGCUGCGCCACGGCGACGUGAGCCUCGCCGGAGACAUCCGAGCUCCCGGCUGCCAAAUCAACUCACCCCCACCUCCUGACCUCUCGCCGACUAGGCCACUACGCAUCUUCAAGAACUUGCAUGAUGGAUGCUGCACAGUUUGGACCUUGGUCAGAUCUUCCGCCGGAACUCCUGAGUCUUGUUCUUAAGCGCCUCCCUUCCCUAGCUGACCGUGUUCGUCUAAGAGCAGUCUGUCACCCAUGGCGCUCUAAUAGUAAGUUGCACACCCUUCCUCUCCCAUUCCCUUGGCUCACCCUCCCCGAUGGAACCUUCCUGAGCAUCCCAGAUGGCGAGGUUCACAGCCUGACUGUACCAGAUGAUGCUAGUUGUCGCGGCUCGAUCGACAACUGGCUAUUCAUCAUGAGCAGUGAUGAUGCAUGCACAUUGAUGAACCCUUUCUCAAAGACCACAAUUGAGCUUCCUAAUCUAGUCACAGUUUGGCAGCGCAUGGUACGCUAUGAAUCUGACCCUAAGCAACUUUUGUACAAGUUGGUGGCGCCCUCACCCCUGGACCUAUCAGUUGAUUCCAUUAUUGCAUCAUUAAUCAUGGAUGAUGGUAAUAUCGGUACACUUUGCAUCAGCCAGCCGCCGGUUGCCACUUACUCGGUAAGAUGGAAUACACAGCCAUUACAGCACCUAAAGGAUGUUGCCUUCUUUGAUGGAAAGUUGUAUGCGGUGUCUGUCUUUGGCAAGCUCUUCAUCGUUGAGUUUUGUAUGAACCUUGGAAGUAAUCCGAACAUCAAAUCGGUAAUUGAAUCUUAUGGUUCAGAAAGACCAGAAUGCAUACCCAGAGAUGAGACGUGUAUGUACAGGAUGUAUCUAGUUGAAUGUGGUGGUAGACUGUUGAUGGUGAAGCGAUUUAUUCGUCGCUUGGGCCCUUCCUCAGGUGACAACGUCUUUGGAAAUAUUCAUACUGCUGGGUUUCAUGUCCUCGAGGCAGACUUACUCUCUAACCCGUGCCAGUGGAGAAGGGUCAGUAAUUUGGGUGGCCAUGCUCUGUUUGUUGGCCAGCAUGGCUCCAAGUCUCUGCCUGCUACAGAAUGCAGUGGAUCCCAAGAAGACUGUAUCUACUUCAUGGGUGAUUAUCUCAUGCCGAAGUAUUCUGAAAACCCUCUUCGCGAUGCUGGUGUGUUCAACAUGAGAAACAGGACAAUCACGCCACUAUGUUCAGGGACUGCACCAGCAGUACUACCCCGGCAUGCUGACCAGUGGCGUCCAACAUGGUUUUUCCCUCCUGAAACUGUAUAAUCAACUCAGCAGGGUCGGAGGAUGCAAGAGUUAAAUGAAGAAUCUAAAGGUGUAUAUGAUGCCCCCCAUAGGGGCUCUCACAGGCGUUUGGAUUUUCGGCCGUCAGAUCAAGUUGACGUGGCGCGAUCUCGGCCGUCGAUUUCGUCCAGGGCAGCGAGGCCCUCCCGCAGACCCACUUUUUAUCCAUGGGUCAUGUGAAGCCCGCCAGGCCCUCUCCCCCAAUCCCUGCGCACGACUCUCCCCCAAUCCCCACCCACGUCUCCUCCACCAAUCCACUACCUCUCCAUGGCCCUGAUUUGGCCGGCGAGCUGCUGCACCGCGGGAGUCUUCCGUCUCCCCCCGGCGCUUAGGGUUCAACCGCAGCGGCUCGAUUGGAAGCACGGGUUGGCGGGUCUGCGAGGGAGAUGGAAUGGCGGAGAAGGCGGUGGGGCAGUGGUGGGCGGCUAGCAGCAAGAACAUGGGCGAUUCAGCCUCAAGAACAAAUCCAUCUGCAGGUCUCAGUUUAUCUAUGCCUACAAGGUGUUUGACAAAAUACCUGGAAUAACUAAAUUAUUGUCGCUGGCUUUUUCCUAAUGUCAUGUUCCUGAGAUGUAAAAUACAUUUGUGCUUUUCUAUAUGAUGUACAUCCAGAAAAAUCCUUGGGCAGAUUUAAAUCCUUCACAUCUAAUGGUGAUUCUUUGUAUUGCUGUAACUCAUGGAUUGAAGAAAAAUCCAGAUAGGAAAUGCAUACGGUCUUUCUUCCAGUACAGCUAAUAAGAAAAGUAUGAGGAAAAGCAAGAUUUCGCCUUGUUUUUGCUGAAAUGAAAGCAUCCAAUUCAUUUGUUGGUACAAAGGUGUAUACUGCUAUGUCUGCUGGUUUUUCAUCAUGUAGCAACCUUCCCAGUUUUCCAUGAUGAAGAUAAUUUAACUCACACACUGAUCCAUGAAGACCUACUGUUUAUCCAUGUUUUCUGACUUAUAAAGGUAACAAUCUGUCAGGAGAGAGCAUUACUUGAUUUCACCAAGCGAUGAAUUUUUCAGUUUUCUACUUGGAAUAUUUACCGAAUUGAGUACUGAGGAGCACGAGUCGGAUCAUGUGUGAGAAUAAGGAGGUUAUCUUUCAUCUGCAACCUUGGAUGGUUUCCAAGAUUGUGCAAAAUGUUAUUUGUUUGGUGUUCAUCACAGACCGUUGCAUGUUGCCUGGUGCUUCAUUGGAGAGUACUUCAAUUCACGGCGGCCUCACUACUCUUUCACCUGUGCUUAAAUGCAUCUUUUUCUGCAGAGAAAUAUUGCUAUGUUCUGCAAGAUGGAUUUCUAUUUUACUGAACCAGAAAAGCAAGAAGUUAUUAAUGAAAUAUCGAGUUGAUCAUAAUUGGAUUUGCCUACGGUUAAUUGUUCCAUAUAGUACAUUGGAAGGUAUGAACCUUGCUAGAUGAGGUAAGUGUUAUAUAGACAGAUAAUCUUUGUUAGCUCAUGAACGCUCUCCUUGAUUGUAUUUGGAUUUGCAUGCGAUUGAUUGUGACAGAUGGUACAUUAGUAGAUAGGGUCAUAGGAACCUUACGAGAUAAGGACAUUGCAAACUAUGUAGAGGAAUUUCUUUUUCGCGGGAACUUUGCGAGAUAAGGACAUUGCUAUUUAUGUAGAGGAAUUUCUUUUUCGCUGCACAAGAAAAGUAGAAAUUAAUUAGUUAAUAUAUAGUUGAUCAUUUUGGAUUUGUCUGCAACUGACUGAAACUUCUUAAAUGCCAAAUAGUUAAUAUGGUACGGCUUUUCAAAUGUUUUGCGUUAUGCGUACCAAACUGAACCAGCUUUCUUUAUAUCUUAAUAUCUCACAAUCCUGCUACCACAUUUCAUAUGAAUUUCAUAUUAUUGCCCUCAUCCGGUUAAUACAUGGUGACUUUCCAAACAUAUAUUUCCCAAUUUCAGUUGAUCAGAUUAGUAAUUGUCUUGUGUCGUUCUGGUUUUGAAGCUGCACGGCUGUUUGACAUACGUUUUUAAACACAAAUUUACCAUGUUUGUAUUACUGUCUGGUGUCUGCUAAUUUAUUACUGUCUGGUGUCUGCUAAUUUACCCUUCUUUUUUCAUGUUUGUAUUACUGUCUGGUGUCUGCUAAUUUACCAUGUGAUGAUUCUUUCCUCAGAGAUAGUGAGCUCAUAUCAAACAUGCUUCCAUUUUUGGUUAUAUUGUUAUAUAUUUUUCCUCCGUAGCAAAAUGGAUAUAUAUUGUGAUAGAUGCGAGCUACAACUAUAUCUUCCAUUGCAGGUGUUAGAAAAUAACAUUCAAGUUAAGUGCCUGAUUUUUGUAGCAGACAUGCUCAUGAGGCUAGAAGGUAUAAUAUGAAGGUAGAUGGGCUUUAAUAUGAGAAAAAAAUUGGGGAUUCUUACUAUAUUAUUUGUGGUGAAAUUUUGAGAUGAUCUAAUGGAUAAGUGAUGGUUCAUUUUCUUCUCAUCCACUCGCUGCCUGUUCCUUUCAUGACAUGAUAUUCUCAUCUGUGUGGUUGUUAUCACCAGAUUUUGGCCAAAUCAGGAGGUGGGCCGUAAGGGAGAUGGGCUUGGAAGAUUACACGUGGAAGAUCUCUGAAGCGGCCUUGCACGAGGAAUUUGGGCUAGAUUGCCCGUGUAUCUUUAGUUAUAGUAGAUCGCAUCUUAGAUUAGAAGUUAGAGUUCGUCUCGUGCACGGUGGGGAUUAUUUCCACGUUAGAAAGUCCCCUGGACUCUAGGGUUUAUGAAAUAAACAACAACCAACGUUCAACCAACAAAUCAAUCUCGGCGCAUCGCCAACUCCUUCGUC